AUUAUAGGUAUAACCAUGUUAUCAGCCGUCUCAUUCUUGCUACUCGUGACGCUUUACGUCACGGUGUCUAGUCAGACGUAUAAGGGAUACAAUCCGCCAAAGCCAUAUCCAAAAGAUCCUUGUUACAAAGUGUAUUGCCCACCUAUCUACUGCCCUAAGGGGCAAUACACACCGCCUGGCGAGUGCUGCCCGCGUUGCAAAAAAGGUUAUGGGUAUCAAGAUCCAGACCCAUAUUUCCCAGGCGGAAAAUGAAUGUAUAAUUCGUGACAACAAUGCAGACAAGGGAAUGACAUGAACUAAUGACAGAAGAAAUGGAUCACAUAUAGAGCAAAUUGUUAUUGUACUGAAUUUGUUUGCUUGUGCAGCCUUAAAUAAAUAAACUUUAAUCAUA